AUGAAAAGAUACUGGUUUAAUAGUCGUGAAAUGAAAAUUAAAAGUGCUAUUAAUCCUGAUUGGCAAUUAAUUCGAAAAGAGGAUGAAGAUUAUUAUCGUCAGAAUACUCUUAAAACACAAGAUAUAUCAGAUAAAAGUCGUGAUCAAACAAGUAUUAGUUCAUUACAGGAACAUAUUCCUAAUAUAAUCAAAUUCUGGGCAAGAACCAAUGGAUAA